GAUGUGUUCUGCGUGACACCUGAAUUCCAAAAUACAUUGUGCUUUUUUAGGACAUUGACUCAGAGGCACUACAGAUCUUACAUAUGUGCUAUGGUCGUGCAAAAGAGAUCCUUGAGCGAAACCGGAACCUUAUGGAUGCAGUUGUUGAUAUACUAGUUGAGAAAAAAAGUCUUCAAAAGGAGGAAUUCUUUAAUUUAGUUAAGCUACAUGGAUCCCUUCAACCAAUGCCUCCCAGUGUAGUUGAUCUCAGGUCAGCUAAACGCUUGGAGUUCCAGGAUACUCUCACAAACCAGAAGGAAGUAGUCUCUCAGGGACGCAAUUGAGCAAGGUAUUUAAGAUUGUGACGUGAUCAUUAUCAAACCAAUGAGCUACAUUGCUCUAUUAGUUUCUCCUGGAAACAUGCUCCUUCAGUGGUUGGUAUGGAAGGUGUUUUUUGGCUACUGAGGCUCGAGAAGCUGCAAUUUUUCCUUCUAAUUUGCAGGGUACAUCUUCCUUCUAUCUAUUUUUGUCUUGAAGACCCUAUUGAAGUGGUACAGCUGUGGAAGGGAAAUACUGCUACCUCAGAUUGGCUGGAGCAGAGAGUGCAAGAGCUCUCUCUGGUGGAUUUGUAAGCUUUCUAGCCCAAAUGAUAAUCUGGUACCUAUGAAGCUGUAAAUGUGUACUGGAGGGGGUGAACUCGUUUUUGUUUUCGUUUUUCUCUUUCUUCGUUUCUUGGGGGAACUGGGUGUUCCUUUAGCUGGUUUUCCCUAUUCAGUUUUGAUAUAGGUUGCACAACAGAGAGGGACUAAUGUUGCAUAAUAUUCUUACUAAUAUCAACUGUAUAAGACUCUGGAUAGCAGUAUUCAAGUUCCCAAUCUAUAAAAUGUACUUGAGCCUUAGUAGGCAAACUUAACAGGUACUACGCAAGUUA